CAUGAAAUCCCGCGGCGUUUUGUGGAUCGGAUAGAAUUAGUUAACGUUAAGAACCAUACCGUCAGUAAUGUGUAUCGUUCACUCAUUUACGAUUACAAUUAUUUGAAUAAUUAUGCCAAAUAUCAAUCGAUGACAUUUUACGGCGACCCGACUAACCCGGGAGAGUGUGUCCACUCCAAAGUCAAGGCCGAUGUAACCCGAAUGCAGUGGCGGGUAGUCUUCAAGUGGACCAUCGGUCAGGUUUAUCACGUGUCAGUCGUGGUCGACACCACAUCAAUGAAACAAACUAUCGAUACAAGAAAAACGAGUUCAGUUAUCAGUGAGAUAUACGUUAGUGAUUACCGGGAGUGCAAAGCAGCGAAAACAUCGCCAGAAACGGUCGAUACUAACGAAAAAGUGCUGAAAUACACAUUCAUUUGCGAUCUCAAAGAUCAAAGCAAUGGCCAGAAGUUGGAGGACUUCCAGUCGAUUCGGUCCGAAGACCUUAAGAAUAUUACCAUCACUUUUGCGGUCAAUGAAAUCACAGUUUGUGAGCUACACGUGGCCGAGACUUUACCCAUUCGCUACUAUAGUCGCGGCUCCUGUGGCUCCCCAGAUAUACCCCUAUACUCGUCGUACGUUCCCGUUUGGGACGAGACUACUAAUGGUGUCAUUCCUAUCGGCUAUACAUUCACUUGCGAUAAAGGCUUUCAAUUGGAUGGCAAUCAAGUAGUCACGUGUGGUAUAAACAAUCAAUGGUUGGACAAAUUCCCGACAUGUCUGCCCAUAAAUACCUGUCCAACAAUGGACGGCACAAAACUAGAUGAAUUGUCGCUUAAAGUUGAAUACCGCAAUCUAUAUAGUGUUGACGGAAAUAUUACAGCUAUUAAUGGCACUCAAGCCAUAUAUUCAUGUAAUCCUCACACCAAGGAUGACGAUAACGUUAAUAAGACAUUACUCGGAGAUUCCGUACAAUUCUGUCAAAUUAUGGGCAAUUGGAGUGGAGAAGAGCCCGUCUGCUUAGGUCUAUUAAAAAUGAUAUGUUAUUACUCUCGUAAUGCUAGCGCUCACCACCAGCACAGACCCAAUCAGUGCGGAAUACCAGCCAUUCCUAAAUACUCCCGAAUUUAUACUCACGACCCAAACCUAAUUGGCGUAUAUUUGGCCGCAAUUAAAGGCAAACUCGAUCUAAUGCCCAGUUAUCCAAACGGAUCAGUCAUGACAUACGGCUGCGAAUCUAAGUUUGAUUACAUGGCCAGUGAUUUUGAUGCUCGAACCUGUGUAAACGGCUCUUGGGUCGGACCGGUGGGCAAAUGUUUUACACCUGUUGGUGGUACAGAUGUGACCAGGGUCAUUGCCAUUCAGGAGAAUACAGGCCUCGCUAACGUGUCUUAUCAUAAUAUUAGACAAGACAUGAGUGACAGAUAUUGGAGUUAUAUGGAAACCGAGGACACAAAUUGUACCCAGCUGGAAAUAAAGUCGGGCACAGUAUACACGUGGACAAUAUAUUUGUCAACACCAGUCCGGAUGUCAUAUUUUGCCGUCCGAUUUGCUAAUACGAAGAUAUUUCACGACUUGGACGACGAUAUGCUUCGUGUGCACAGAGCGUCACAAUUGGACACACCGUCUCCCAUAAGCGCUGAGUUGUUUGGUUACAACUAUUGGAGUAAUAAACUCGGGUGUGAAGUGACCAAAGUUAUUGAAACGGGACUCACCAGUGGGCUGACCCAGGUUAGCUUCCGCUGCGAUGAACCAGACUCUGAAGCCAGUAAGAAGAAAAUGAAUCCAUACGUGUAUUAUGGAUAUCAGAUGACGACGAGUGCCAUCAAUAUUAAGAUCAAUUCAGACGCCUUUCACGAGAGUUUUGACUCAACGAACACAACUCAUGUUAAUUUGUGUGCUUUAAUGCUCUUCAGAGCAUCAGAUGAUUGCGGUCUUCCAGAAGAUGUGCCCAAUUCUGAGAUCAUAUCAUCCCAUGAAGAGGGAUAUGUGAGGUAUAAAUGCAACCCUGGAUAUAAACUGGUCGGCAAUGAAUAUGUCCGGUGCAGCAAAUUAGGCAAUUGGAUGGAUGAGUUUCCUCGAUGCGAAUUAUACAAAUUAUGCGAAAUGAACAAAACCAAUUCACCACACGAUGUGUUACAACGAAAGUAUUUCAAUACAAUGGUUAUCAAUGGCGAAGAAGUGGCAGUUUUGGCGACAAUUGUUGAGUUUAAAUGCCGUAAUGAGAACCUCGAGACCGGAAAGCAUGUGAUAAUAGGUCCGCGAACUAUAGUCUGCACCAAAUCGGGGCACUGGAGCACUGAUGAGCCCAUUUGUGCCGAUGACGCCUAUUUCGGACGUUUUGUUACCUCAAACCAAACCGAGAGCUCAGUUGGAAAAGUUGUAGCUCUGGUUAUAUUUGCGGUUAUUCUGGUGGCUAUCGUUGGGGUAUUGGUAUUUGCAUACCAUCGCAAAUAUGGGUUCUCCAACCCGUGUCUCACUUGUAUGACAGGUCGUGAGACAGCCCGCCGUUCCUCAACAUUCAUAAGCUAUGGUCAGUCAAAUCUGAGGGAUUCUGUCAUUAGUUAUAAUGAGGGCUCCGUAUCGUCUAAUUUUAUGAACGCUAUCAGAAUCCAAGGCUAUGCCAUACUCGAUAUU